AUGCCACUGUUACCACUGAUCGCAGUGGCUGUGGUGCUAUCAGCUACCCUCACACGCCUAUUCGUUUUACCCUUUGUGUACUACCUCCUGGACAGAAAGGGCCUCCGACGGUAUCCAAAUUAUUCUUGGCUGUCACCCCUGACUGACUUGCGACACUGCUAUCUAAGUUCGCAAGGUCGGCGGUCGAGAGACCUCACAAAAGAGCAUAUCCGACAAGACGCGAAAAUCUUGAGAAUCGGCCCUAACGCUCUGUCGUUCAAUCACCCGGAGGCCAUUAAGGACAUAUAUGGCCACAGGACGAAAUGUGUGAAAGACAAGAAGGAAAGCAUUCUGGCUGGCACACAUCGCCAACUGUUCGACGUCGUCGACAAGGCCGAACAUGCGAGAAAGAGAAAGCUUCUCUCCGCUGCUUUUGCCACCAAGAACCUCGAAAACUGGGAAUACAAGGUCAACUACACUGCGCAACGCCUGGUCAGAGCAUUCGACGAGCGAUGCAUAGAGCCGCCUCUGGCCGCGAAAGGUGUGUCUCGUACCCAGGAUGCCGCCAUCGAUUUCAACCACUGGAUCAAUCUGUGGACUAUUGAGGCAAUCAAUCUCAUUGCCCUGUCUUCAAAGAUGGACUUGCUCGAUACCGGCACCGACGCGGUGACAGCGGAGAAACUGGACGGCACCCUUUAUACUGCCAGGUAUCGCUUUUCUCAGAACAACAGCGCAAUUGUCAAAUCGGUCUUCUGCUGGGAUUACGAUCUGUGGCCGUGGCUCGCCUGGAUUACCCAGAUCGUGCCUAGCAAAUGGAAGCAAAUCUGGAAGAACAGCUCCGCUUGGGGCGACAUCACAUACCACCAGGCCAACGAGAGAUUGAGGCGAUACAAGGCAGGGGAGGACCUGGACGAUUUCUUCACCUGCCUCAUGAAUGACAAGUCUGGCACGCCAAACUUCCUCGAUUGGGGAGAGAUUGUUGCCGAGGUGUCUGCCAUUAUCGACGCCGGGGCCGAGACCACAGCAAUCGCUUUGACGAACAUUAUGGAACUUCUGAUCAAACACCCGGAGAAACUGGCCACUCUGAGGCAGGAGCUGUCCAAUGUACUCCAUGAAGAUGAUGUUGUCGCUCCUUACGACAGUGUCAAGGACUUGCCAUAUCUCAAGGCCUGCCUCGACGAAGGCUUACGUCUCAGUCCACCGACGUCCUCGGGAUUGCCACGUCGAACCCCUCCAGAGGGUGCAUCUAUCAUGGGCGAGUGGAUCGCCGGCGACACCAGCGUAUCGAUGACAAUCUAUGGAGCUCACCAUGAUCCGACCAUUUAUCCCGAUCCGGAUGUGUUCAUGCCUGAGCGCUGGUUGGAUCCCGCGGAACGCAAAAGAAUGGAACCAUAUUUUAUUCCCUUUUCAGCUGGAGCUAGAGGAUGCAUCGGGCGCAACAUAUCGUAUUUGGAGCAGAUGGUCAUCACCGCCACGAUUGUCCAUAGAUACGACUUUACCCUUCUCGCGCCGGACUUCGUGAGUGAGAGAUUUGAGGCGUUCAACAUGAUUUGCGGGCCUCUGCCUAUUCUGAUCUGGCGGCGAGACGCGGCUACUUAUGGAGAUAAAGAGGGUGCAUGA